AUGAGGAAGCCUGACGGGAAGAUCGUGCUUUUGGGGGACAUGAACGUGGGCAAGACGUCGCUGCUCCAGAGGUACAUGGAGCGGCGCUUCCCGGACACGGUCAGCACGGUGGGCGGCGCCUUCUACCUGAAGCAGUGGCGCUCCUACAACAUCUCCAUCUGGGACACUGCAGGGCGGGAGCAGUUCCACGGCCUGGGCUCCAUGUACUGUCGGGGGGCGGUUGCGGUCAUCCUCACCUACGACGUGAACCACGCCCAGAGCCUGCUCGAGCUGGAGGACCGGUUCCUGGGCCUGACGGACACGGCCAGUGCAGACUGCCUCUUCGCCGUCGUGGGCAACAAGGUGGACCUGAGUGAGGAGGCGCCUGGGGAGGGCGGCCAGGGAGGAGGACACGGCCCCGGGCAGGCAGGCGGCGGCGGCUGCCCGGCCCCCCGGCUGUCCAAGCAGGUGCAGCUGGAGGACGCAGUGGCCUUUUACAAGAAGAUCCUCAAGUACAAGAUGCUGGACGAGAAGGACGUGCCGGCCGCUGAGCAGAUGUGCUUCGAGACGAGCGCCAAGACCGGCAAGAACGUGGACCUGCUGUUUGAGACGGUGUUCGACAUGGUGGUGCCCGUGAUCCUGCGGCAGAGGGCCCAGGGCCCGCCGCAGACCGUGGACGUCGCCAGCGCCCCGCCGCCUGCACGGACCAGAUCCGGGUGCUGCUCCUGA